CAAAAAAAAAAAAUUUAAUUUAGCUAUAACAAUAAGUCGAAAUUGUACAAAAAUGCACAAUAUAAAAUAGCAAAGGGGAUUUCAGCUUUGUAGCAGCAAUUCAUUCAGUUCACAACAUCCAGAUUCCAGCCAUCUAAGUUGACUUGUGAAGAAAAUGGCCGGAGUUGAUGCAUCGGAAUCGAUUCACCCUUUCAUUCCUAAAGAUCUGAUUUUACCGGAUUAUGUUCCCAUUAUACUCUCUCAAUCCACCAUUCUCGGUGUUUAUGGCUCUGCUUCCCUUCUAGUCGUCUUCUUUGUUUGGAUCCUCGCUGGGCGGUUUCCCAAAAUAUCAAAAACAGACAAAAUUCUCAUGUGCUGGUGGGUUUUCACCGGCCUCACCCAUAUGAUCCUCGAGGGUUAUUUUGUUUUCACCCCUGAGUUUUUCAAGCAGAAGAAUCCUACUUACCUCGCAGAAGUUUGGAAAGAAUACAGCAAAGGUGACUCCAGAUAUGUUGGAAGGGACUCAGCCGUAAUUGCGGUCGAAGGAAUAACCGCUGUUCUGGAGGGCCCAGCUUGCAUUCUAGCUGCGUAUGCUAUAGCGACAAGAAAAUCAUACAGUCACUUGCUUCAGAUCGCUAUUGCUCUUGGACAACUCUAUGGAACAGCGGUGUAUUUCAUAACAUCUUACCUAGAAGGUGACAACUUUGCUGCAAGCGCGUAUUACUAUUAUUUUUAUUACGUGAUUAUGAACUCGUUUUGGGUUUGGAUACCUUCCCUCAUUGUGAUCCGGUCCUGGAAGAAGAUAUGUGCAGCAGUACGCGCACAAGAACAGAAAAAGACCAAAACGCGUUAAGAUGUUCUGCGUUCGCCCCAGAUGUCACUUCCUUAUUGUUAUGAUUUAUGAAUAUUCACCAUUUAGGGUUUAUUUAUUUUUUUGCUUGGUAAGGGAACAUAUUUGAUCAAGAAUUCGCAAAAACUUAACCUUAUUUCAUUUAGGAUUUGCAAACAAAAUGCAAACCUCAUAUCAUUUAGGCUUGUUUUGAAGUUUGUAUUAUUUAUACUUUUGUAUUUCAAA